AGGAGGAGACAGAGGAGCAGACAGAGGAGGAGACAGAGGAGCAGACAGAGGAGGAGACAGAGGAGUAGACAGGAGGAGACAGAGGAGGAGGAGGAGGAGACAGAGGAGCAGACAGAGGAGCAGACAGAGGAGGAGACG